AUGAAGAGACAUCAUGCGUUCUUUGUAACUCUUUUCCUUAUACUAUAUCUUGUUCAAGCUCAGGAUCCAAUAGGAUUCCUCAAUUUGGAUUGUGGUUUGUCCAUUCAAGACUCUCCUUAUAAAGAAUCAUCGACCGGGUUAACAUAUACAUCAGAUGAUGGUUCAGUCCAUAGUGGGAAAACCGGCAAAAUCGCAAAGGAAUUUGAAUCGUUAUACAACAAACCGGAGUUGACGCUUAGAUACUUUCCAGACGGAUUACGAAAUUGCUACAAUGUGAAUGUAACGCGGGGCACAAAGUACAUCAUCAAGGCUUCAUUCGUAUAUGGAAACUAUGAUGGUCUCAAUGUUGUACCAGAUUUUGAUCUUUACAUCGGUCCGAAUAUGUGGAUAACAGUGAAUACCAAUGAUACUCAAGAGGAAAUCCUCCACGUGUCGAGAUCCAACUCUUUGCAGAUCUGUCUUAUUAAGACAGGAACAAGUAUACCAAUGAUAAAUACACUGGAACUACGACCAUUGGCGGACGAUGUAUACCCCACCGAAAGCAGCUCGCUCAGUUACUAUUUUCGGGCUUAUUUUAGCAAUUCAAAAAGCUAUAUAGAGUAA